ACAAUUCGAAAUUAUUUUCACAGAUAAAAUCAUAUAAUUUUGAUAGUUGGUCAUUAGACAGCAAUUUAUCUUUAAAUCAAAUAAGCGUAUCAUCAUCCAUUAGCCAUAUGUCCGAAGAACACAGAAAGGACGUGCCACAAAUUGCUAUAACAGCAUACGAAUCCACCGAAGAAGAUGCCGAGGUCAAUAGCUUGUUUAAUUCAACCACCGUCCAAAACAAUACUAAAACACGUCAAUCUCAGUCUGUUUCUCCCAAGUCUUUGAGACUGAAAUCUAGAAUCAUACUAAAAUCACCGACUCCUGAUAAUAAUAUAAAUAUAUCCAAGUCUUUGUCUCCGGCACUGUCAUCUGAUUUCAAUUAUUUAACUGAUGUGGAAGUCAUGUCAGAUUCUGACGAUGAGAAAGAUUUCGUUCGAACGCCCCGUUUAACUCCUAGUUCGAUUGACUACUGUAUUCUGACUGAUAUAGAAGACCUGAGUGAAGACGAAAGACAACCGACAUCUAGUCAGAUUAACGAUGAUCAUACAGAUACUGAAUAUUUCGAUGAAGAAAAAUGUUUUCUUAGCAAAGAAGAGCCGACAAGACAGCAUGCCGAUGAUAUUUUAGAUUUCCCUCGCCCACAUAGAGAAAUUUUGUUCCAUUCUAAAGACGGAGUAGUUCGUACUUUGACACCGACAGAUGAAACAAAUCUAGUAUGUCUAAAAACACCUCUAGUAGAAAUCAAAGGUUUCGAAUCGGAAGAAGAAAUAAUGACUAUGGAAGAAAAUGACGUGCAUGAGUCGAGCAAAGCAAAUUCAACUCCGUACUAUCACGACGUUGACGGUGGUGUAGUAGAGUCUUCGGAAAGCGUCAAGCCCGAAAGAAACAAACACAAAUAUAAGACGAUCAAGAAAAAAAUUGUAGUCCCGGAAACUGAUUGUAUAAAAAAGCGUUUUCGCAAUAGAAAUCAAAACAAUUCCGAAGGCGAGGAAAAUAUCGGAAAACAGUUCGGUGAAUGUGAUAAAACUCUCUCAAAAUAUGCGUCAGAACCGAUUACAAACAAGAUGGCAGUUCCGUUACAACUGCAGCUUAAAAAUAACAAUUUGACCGAAAUUCGUUAUGAAGAAUCUUGUAAAAAUAAUAAGUUGGUGAUACACGACAAUGUUAACGGAUUUAGCGUUUCCGUGGAUUUCGAAAGUCAUAAUUCUAUACUGCUAAACAUCGGUAGAGAUUCGGGAAGUUUGUCGUUGAGAUGGUAUAAUAACGAAACUAAAGCAGGACUAUCUGCAUUUAAAGUAUUUAGUAGAGAACACGAAGCAAAACAUAAAAGUAGAAAGAAAAUUGUGUUAGAAUCUAGAAAACACGUUGCCGAUGUAAUACAAAUUUUUGAAAAUAUGUGUGAUAAUCCAUCGGUAAGUCAUACCGUCAAUUAUAAAACAUCACAACAUUAUUAUAAGGAUCCUCAAUUAUUGACCUUGAGACAAAAUGUUUCCUUUAUGGCUAAAUCAAAUAAUAAAAUUGGAAAGGAAGCCAACUUCUCCCAACUUGAAAAUGCAAAGCCUAUAACUAGUUCUGAGCCAAGCCCAGAACUAACAACUAACACCACCAACAUAGUACACCAGAUCUCCAUAGAUAAAAUCCCGCCAAAACCUAAUCCUAGAAAUUCCAUUGAUAGUAGUAUUAAAUCUACGUUAGACCAAAAUGAUGAAAAUUAUUCAACAAAAAAACAAUUUUGGGAAGAAAUAACUAAAACUACAAAUCAGCCUCCACUCCCCAAACCCAGAUACAGUAUAUCGUUGCCUAUAAAUACUAUUGAACGUUCUAUAAUGAAAAAUUCGUCUCUAGAAAUCAAUGAUAAAUCAUUCGGCACUUCUGAACAAACAGAAAUGCCCGAAAUGGUCAAAGAAACAAUGACAAGUGAUCAAACUACAAAUAAUGAUGUAGUUUCUGACUCUACUUGUCUUACCUCGAAAGAUGACAAUGAAAAAUAUACUUUUGUGAUAAAAUGUAAAAUGAAUGAAAGUAAUCGCUUGGAUUCCGAAACCGAGUAUAUUAUAAAAUAUGGCGAGGAAUCUCUAGCAUUUGAAAAUGAAGGUUUUCAAGAAGAUGUUUUCGAAGAAAAAGUUUUAGAUGGAGCAAUUGAAAAUAUGUCAUCUAAACAAUAUUUUAAACUAAUAAAACAAAUGGAAUGUAUACAAAUGGAACAAGAAUCUUCACCCGAACACAAAUCAUUAAAAAACACAACAAAUCAAAAAUCACCAAGCCAAGAAGCACUUAUUAAUCGUCAAAUCCACAAACAUAUUUUUUCAGACGAGCUUGACGAGCAAAUCGACUCUUUGAUUCCCGAGGAAAAACAUUUUGAUAUAAAAUUUGAAAAAGACUUUUCUUCGAGUUCACCAUUUAAUACUCAGACAGAAAAAGCAACAUCUAGUAUUAGUGAACAAUCGAUUACAAAAACGGAAUCGUCUAUUGUUGAUGAACUGCCGGAAGAAAAAGAAAAUAAACUAAUUUCAAAACAUUUGAAGUAUUCAUCUAGUUUGACUCAAGACCACAUUGAUGAGAUACCUUCUGACACUUGUUCAGGAGUAGAAGAAAAAGAAAAAUCUCAUUUGCAAACAGAAUCUAUUGACUCUUCGAUGAUCGAAGAAUUACAAUAUGAUUGUUCUUCUAAUUUACCUGAGGAAGGAAAUCGUAAAAGCCGUACUGACAUAAUAAAAGGACAGAUUAUCCAUACACCGGAGGAACAUAUUCCAGACACUAUAUGGGAAGUGACACAGAUUGGAACAGACAACCAAAACGAACUAGAAGACUUAAAUAUCAAAGAACAAACCGAAUUUCAUCGGAAUUUUGUCAAGAAAGUAGAUUCUAUAGACUCGAUUGAGAGUACGAAGAAAGAAAUGACUGAUGAUCUAGCUAGAGAUAUAGCUGAACAAUUAGUAAAUGAGAUUGAAAUUGAAUUAACAAAGCGCCAAGAUAUUUUGGCUAACUUACAGCAUUUAGUAGUUUCGCCAGAGCACUUAAAACAAUUAGAAAAUAGUGGUUAUCUGGAUAUGGAUGGAGAUGAUUUAAAACUAAAAAUAAUGGAAUCAGUUUUAGCUAAGAAAAAUCGUGACCGCCUUAAGAGUAUCUCAAAAAAUGAUACAACUACUUCAAGUAUCGAAAUCACCGAUGAAGACUUAAAAAGUAGCAAUUUCGAAAUCGAAUAUGAGGGGUUGACUAAACUAUCCGUUAUAGACGACAUCAUACCUGAAAACGAAAAUGACAGGUUAAGGGAAAGUCCUACUGAAAUCAACUCAAAAUAUCGAUCUGAGCAUUCCUCACGCGAAGAAAAUGAAGAAUUUUGUGAAAAAUCUGAUAAUUUAAUCAUUGAAGCUUAUAUUAAAAAUAAAGAAAAUGAAAAAAGUGUUCAUUCCGAAGUCGAACAAAACGAAGAGUUAUCGACGGGAAAAAUUAGAAAUGAAUCAGUAUCGAAUAAAAAUCAUAAAGAUUUGACAACAAACGUUGGUGAAAAUUUGAUAUUAAAUUUAAAUGAAGAAAAAAUAGAAAUAAAAGAAAUCGGGUUACAUGAUGAAUCAAGUGACGAAAAUUCGUCUCACGAUGUUGUACAAUCCAUCCAAACAAGAAAAGAUGAAACAGGCGAAAUUAUUGAACAAAAAACCACCGAAAUUGUUGAUCAUGAAAGUCAUACGAGAAACUUUUUUGACGUAGAAACAGAACAUAAUGAGCAUAGUAAAAAUCAUAACAUUUCAAUAAAAGAAAAACACGUUGAUACAAUACUAAAAGACUCUGAUGAAAUGGUUAAAAAGAAAAACGAAAAGUAUGAAGAAAUAACGGAUGAUGGUCGAAUUAUAAUCAAUGUAAACAAAGAAGAGCACCAUUCAUCGACUUAUAUUUUAAAAGAAACAUCAAUCAACAACAAAAAUGAAAUCACUAUAAGUAAUAAUGAUAGUCCUUCAUGUUCUUCAAAAUCAAUUAUGACUCUUGUUAAACAUUUAAGUACAGAAUCGCUUCCAUCUAAAGAUAAUUCUAUUCACUCUCCAACGUCACCAUCUUCGUCUUCAAUUGAUGUUCGUGAAGAAAAACAUGUUAACUUUGAUUCUGUUGUUUUAAGAAAACCCGAUUCAAUAAAUGUAACCAAACUUACAGCGAAAAGGCCGGCAGAUUCUAGUUCAAGUGAAAGUCAUUAUCAAUCAUUCGAUCUAACCUCAUCAAGCAGGCCUUGCUCUUCAGACAUUGAUGGACUUUUAGCUGGAUCUUCAGAAUACGAAUCUGCUAUGUCAAUACCAUCGAAUGAUUAUCAUACUGCUAUUAGUUCAUUGAGUUCCAGAGAAUCAAUGAAGUCAUUAGAUUCAGAGAGUUCUGGCAACCUUGCAUCAGUUGAGAAUAGUGAAGCUUCAGAAACCUUGAUUGCUUCGACUGGAGAUUUAGACUAUGACAUAGAUGUUUCAAACAAUCUAUUGGAAGAAGAAAAUAAACUUGAACCAUACGAACAAGAAAUACCCAUGCAAAUAAUUAGAGGAGAUUCUUUACCAAUAAUAGCAGAGCAAUCUGAAAUGAAAUACAGUAGCAUGUACAAAACUCAACCAUUUUCUCAGCCAACAAUUUCUGCAAACAGCGAGAAAAACGUGCAAAAAAUGAAAAGAUCUCAUGAAAUGAUGUUUCAUCCAAUACCAAAACACAUAACUAGCGACAGUUUAUCUGAUUCGUCAUCACACGAAGAAAGACAUCAGUCCAGUGAAAGUAUGAGUAUUUCUAGUACUGAAGGCCAGAUAAUACAAACGGUAAUAGACGCAAUUGAAGGAUUUUCUGAAUCUGGGCCAUGCAGUUUCAGUUUAAGCGACGAAAAUACUAGAUCCAUCGAAACAUCUACUAUAACUAAUGGUUUCACUGGCCAAGAAAAAAAUCAAGACAUCACUAUUAUGUCAUCUUCAUCCGCAGAAAACGGUAAAAACAAUAAUGUUUCCACACAAAUAACAACAAAAGUGGAAGAAGUACCUAAAAAAGGUCAUAGACGAAACAGUAGUUCAAUCAAUAAAAUAGUUAUUGAAGAUAUAAAUUUGAUUCCUAAAAAGGAAUUCCCGAUUGCAGAUCCGUCCAUCGAAAAUGUAACGUCCAGUCAAACCGACAUACCUAACCAAAAUCAGGACACUGAAGAAAAUAUUGCAACACAAGAAAAAGUAAAAAUAGUUACUCCAGAUAUAAAAACUGAAAUCUCGGUAACUACUAGAUAUCACGAAACAGAAAUUCAUGCCAGUCCAAUAUUAGAGAAACAUAGUUUUGAGCAUAUUGACGACGUUGCUGAGGCGGAUGCAGCCUUCCAAAUGGUCCCUCAUGUUUCACCCGCAAUUCCAACAUCGUUACCGCCUACCAUUCCCGAAGAUCCUUAUUCGGAGGAUGAAGAUGAGUUAGAAGAUGAUUCGUCAAACUUAGUACCUAAUAUUAUGGUAACGGAACACAUGAACCCAUUAGUCGACCGUGGCUUUCAUUACCCAGAUUUAGAUCUCGAAGCAAAGGAAUUAGAAAUUAAAUCGACACCAGAGACGCCUGCCUCUAUAAGUAGUAAAGAAUCGUCUGAAACAGAUCAGGGUAGAGAAUACAUAAUCAACGAGACAUUUAAUCCACAUGAAGAAUUAUCGUGGACUGCCGACGAACACACAGUGCUCGAAAAAGUAGAACAAAUAGACGAAAAAGAUUCGUUUUCUAUGAGUGAAUCAUUCGAGUUAGUAGAUAAUGUUGACGAAAAACCAGACUUAGAAGAUGAUUUUGUAAUUGUCGAAGAAAUCGGAAAAGAAGCAAACGAAGAAGAUGCUGAGGGCCAACCUAUUAAAAUAGAAUGUACAGCAAAAAAUGUUCAUUCUUAUACUGCCACUGACGAUAACUCAUCCUUAAAAAAAUUGGAUUCUGAAAGUCUUAGCUCAAAAGAACAAGAAUUGGAUUUGGAGUAUGCAAACCAAAAAUGGGUAGAACUACAGUUUGAAGAUGAUAAUACAGUAAAUGAAAUUUAUGGUUAUAAUUUAGAAUAUGAUCGUCUUCCCCUUGAAGACAUUAAGGAGGAAGACAUUGAAGAUCUGCAUAGUAGUAAAGUUGGAAGUGUCAGUAGUCAGGUCAGUCAAUCGAUCGGCAGUCUGGGGAGCAUGAAAGAAUCAUUUAGCAGCACUCCAGAGAGUAAAAAAUAUUUAGGUAAAUCACUAGAGCAUGACAACAUGUCUGUUAGCUCAUUACAAGAGUUUGAACGACUAGAGCAAUUAGUAAGGAUCGAAUCAAUGAAAGCUAAGUCUUCGGGGUCUUUAGCAUCUACUACCAGUUCUUCAAACAGUAAAAAAGAAGACCAGUCUUUAGGAUCCCUUAACGACUUUGAAGCGAUGGAAGCAGCUUGUAUCCAAACGGAAAUAAUUGAAAACAAAGCUAUGGCUACGGAGAAAUCGUUGAUUGACGAUGAAAAUCAAUUUAAAACUAAUGAUACUGGCAAACAAACGGAAAUUAAUGUCGAGCAAUACGAUGACAAUUCAGAAAAGCUCGUCUCGGAAGACGAUAAUUUAACGAGUACGGAGUCAUUAGAUUUGAAAACGAUCGUAACGGAUAUGAAACCGUCCAGUUCUGUCGAACAAAUUAUUGUUGAUGGCAGAACAAAUGAUUAUGACGAUUGCAUGAAUUCGAGCAUCUCCAGCCGAGGAUUAAGCAGUCCCAUUAUGGACGACCACUCUAAGGAGUCUUCGUAUAGAAACAGCCUAAUAUUAGGCAGCAACGACUCAUUAGGACCAACUAGCUCGACUGGUACAAACGCUACAUACCACUGCGAAACUGGGUCGAAUAUGUCUUCUAGUUUCACUAGUGGUGGCUCUAACACUAUGGUCUCUAGUAUGGAAGGCUUGGAUAAAGCCGGUACUAAACCAGAUUUGUUAGAAGAUCCCGAAAUAUUUGAGACGCAUUGGCGAGAUCCAGAUGGUACGGAGUACACGCAUAGAACAGUCAGAAUGCCUGCCGAAAUCCAUAAAGUAACUGCUAGAGGACCAGAAAAGGAAAAUAUACUAGAUGACUACAUCGAACAGUUUAGUCCUGGCGAAUAUCAAGAACAGACUAUCCACACAGACAAACACGGCAAUACGUAUGCUACCAAAAUUGUACAAAAACGAAUGAUAUUCGAUCCCGAAGAAUUGAGUAACCAAGGAAUUUCUAAAGAAGAAUUGAAGGAAUGUCUAAAAAAACUGUCUAGUGAUCACUCAGAUGAAUUCGAGUACAGUAAGACAACACCAAAACGAAAUUCAGGAACUGCCGAAAAAUGUCAAGAGACGUCUGUGCCUGAUCCUCAUAACGUAGAAUUACAAGAGGCUACAUCAAAACCGGAGUUGAAGUGUGAAAUUAGUAUGGACGACGACACGGAAAUUGAUCUACGUGAGCAUGAUUGGCGAUUCCAGCAUCAAAUAAACACUGAAUCGGAAGAUAUAACUAAACCUGGACCAUCUGGAUGUACUAGCAAACCAAAAUCUGAAGGGCAGAAUUCAGAAACAGUGUCUGAACUUUAAAAUUGUUAUUUUAGUUUUAUUAAACAUAAUCAAGUGAUUUUAUAUGUUACAUAAUACAAAAAAUAUUAUACAUAGCAAGCAAUUUAUUCAGAAAACGUAUAAUAAAAGGGAAAGUUACAUUCCAAUGAACAUUUGAAUACUUAUACCAACAAUUAAAAAAUAUUUUUAGGUAGAUAUGUUUAAAAUUGUAUACCUUUAUUACACAAUUUUAUUUUUGAGUUAAUUGCAAUUAUAUAUGUUCAUCAAGCAAAAAUGUUAAAUAACUAUUUAGAAAAUGAUUGCCUUUAUAUAAUAUUUACAUAUUUAUACAAUACUCAAAUUAACCAUUAAUUUAAAGUCAUUUCGCUUGAUUGUUUGUCUUAAUUAUUUUUUUAAGAAUUAUUAUUUUAUUGAUAUACCUAGCUAUAAUCUAUUUAUACUAUCUUUUUAGUAACUACUUACCUUUAUAACUACAUACUCUAUUACUUAUAUUUAAAUUUAAAUAAUUUAAUAUACAUGUUACCUAUUUUCGUGCUGAAUCAUAUUGUAUACAAACCUAUGUCAAGGUAUAAAUAACAUGCUAUUACUUAAUUAAAUUAAUACAAAUAGCAAAAUACAAAACAUGAUAUUAUUAUUUAUUAUUGCAUCCACAGGCUGUGCGUUAUGGUAAUGAAUG